AUGGAUGAAUUGCUGCGCGAGGAACGGGGGAUCAUGAAUGAGUUGGAGCGAGAAAGAGUUGAUGUUGUGAGGAAAUUAUUGAUGAUGUCAGAGAAUAAGAGGAUACCUUUGAGUAAAAUUUACCAUAACAGGCUCUUGUUUGGGAUCCCGGAGGAUUUUAGAGACAGGGUAGCGAAGUACCCGAAUUAUUUUCGAGUAAUAGUUGAGGAGGAUGGGAAGAGAGUGCUCGAGCUAGUAAACUGGGAUCCGACAUUGGCGAUUAGUGCAUUGGAGAAGGAAUUUUUGGUCGAUGAGGACAAGGUGAAAAAAGCUUUUAAAUUUCCUAUGAAGUACGGUAAGGAAUUGGAGUUGGACGUGGAGGGUGAGAGGAAGUUGAAUAUGUUGAACACGUUGCCUUUGGUGUCACCUUAUUCGGAUGGGAGAAAGUUGGAUUUGUGGACGUUAGAAGCGGAAAAGUAUAGGGUGGGAGUGAUCCACGAGUUCUUGAGCUUGACGUUGGAGAAGAGAGCUUACAUACAUAACAUUGUUGAAUUCAAGGACGAGUUGUGUCUCACAAAACAUACUUAUCAGAUGCUUUUGAAGCAACCUUGGACUUUUUACUUAGCUGGUACAGAGAUGAAUUGGUGUGUAUUUUUGAAGGAUGCUUAUGGGGAAGAUGGAGUGCUGAUCAACAAAGAUCCACAGCUUGAAUUCAAUGAGAAGCUUCAUAAGUAUGCAGAGAUGCAAGAACUGGAAUCUGAUAAGUUAUAUCAGUAA